AUGCCGAAGGACGAGAAGCAGCAGCAACAACAGAAGCAACAGCAACAGCAAGAGCUGCAGCAGCAGCAACAGCAGCAGCAGCAGCAGCAGCAGCAGCAGCAGGUUUACCUGCAGCAGCAGCAGCAGCAACAGCAGCAACAGCAGCAGGUGGCGCAGCAGCAGCAGCAGCAGCAGCAGCAACAACAACAACAACAACAGAAGCAGGGCCCGGGGGCCCCUGGUGGGGCCCCUGGGGGCCCCCUCGCUGAAGAAGAGGGGUUCGGGGGGGGGGCCCCCACCCUGGGGGGCCCCCAGGGGGCCCCCACCCUGGGGGGCCCCCAGGGGCCCCCUGCUGCUGACAUAGGCAGCAGACUGCUCUCGCAUAUUGAGGCCCUUCUGGAUUUGUCUUUAGCUGAUAGAAUAAAAGCAGCAACAGCAGCAGCAACAGCAGCAGCAACAGCGGCAGCAACAGCAGCAGGAGCAGCAGCAGCAGCAGGAGGAACUGCAGCAACAGCAGCAGAAAGCAAGGAUGAAGGGGGGCCCACUGGGCCCCCUGGGCCCCCUGGGCCCCCUGGGGGGCCCCAGGGGGCCCCUGGGGGCCCUGGGGGCCCCUUCUCAACCCUAUCACCAGACUUCUCUCUAACAGAAGAGGCACUGCAUGCGCAUGCAGAUACACUGCAGGGUUUGGGGCUUUAUGAGGACAGCUGGGGGCCCCCCUACCUGCAGCACAUUGCUGCUGCUGCCUCUCCCCCUAUACACACCCAGGACGAGGGGGCCCCCGAGGCACAACAGGGGGGCCCCCAGGGGGGCCCCCCACACAAGCAUGAUGGGGGGGCCCCCAGGGGGGCCCCCAAUGACAUGUCUUGGAUAGGCACAGAUGAGGGGCCCCUCUUAGACUUUUUCAAGGGGGCCCCCGAGGAUGAGGGGGCCCCUGAGGGUGUUGAGGGGGCCCCUGAGGGCGAGAAGGGGGGGGCCCCCCUGGGUGAAGCUAGGGGCCCCCAGGGUGAGGGGGGGCCCCUGUGGGGGGCCCCCCAGGGUGAAGAGGGGGGCCCCCAGGGUGAAGCCGGGGGGCCCCUGUGGGGGGCCCCCGCAGUUUUAUAUUCUUCGGGUUUAACUGCUCGGCGGCUAGAAACAGAAAACAAACAAAAAGGGGGAAGCUAUAAGGGGCCCCUGGCAAAGGGAAAGGGUACGGGGGGCCCCUAUAAAUAUGACCCUACUGAGGGGGCCCCUGAGGGUGUUGAGGGGGCCCCUGAGGGCGAGAAGGGGGGGGCCCCCCUGGGUGAAGCUGGGGGCCCCCAGGUUGAGGGGGGGGCCCUGGCUGCAGCAGCAGAAUAUAGAAGUAAGAUGCAGCAGCAACAGCAGCAGCAGCAGCAGAAGCAGCAGAAGCAGCAGCAGCAGCAGAGAUGCAGCAGCAGCAGCAGCAGCAAUGUAGCAGCAGCAGCAAUACAGCAGUAG